AUGUCCAUCAGGAUUCAAGGAAGCUGCCAAUGCGGCGGCGUCGAGUUUAAUCUCGAAUCCUCCACGCCGGUUCCUUACCAGCUUUGCGCGUGCGGUAUCUGUCGCAAGAUAGGUGGGCACAUGGGGUGCGUGAAUCUCGGUGGAAUCGCGGAUAGUCUGAAGAUUACAAAGGGGAAGGAUCUGAUCAAAAAAUACACUGCCGUCAAAGAUCGCGGCACACCGAACGAGAAGAUAUGCGAAACCGAGCGGAACUUUUGCUCGAAUUGCAGCACCAUGUUGUGGCUUUGGUGUCAUCGGUGGCCUGACUUGAUUCACCCGUUCGCCUCCGCAAUUGAUACCGAGUUGCCCGUUCCAACAGAGAUGUCGUGUAUCUUUGAUGCUUCGAAGCCGAAGUGGGCGACUUGGCCCGAGGGCAACAAAGUGAUCUACGAUCAGUAUCCUUCGGAUAGUUUGGAAAACUGGCAUAAGAAGCGGGGGCUAUUUAUUCAGUAG